AUGAGCACCACUACUCCCGCUGCCGCCCAAGUUGGCGUUGCCGCUCCUCCCAAGCUCGAGAAGAAGCCUGUCAAGUUCAGCAACCUGCUGUUGGGUGCUGGUUUGAACCUGUUCGAGGUGACGACCUUGGGUCAGCCCCUGGAAGUCACAAAGACGACCAUGGCUGCCAACCGUGCCGACGGUAUGGCAGGAGCCAUUAGCCGUAUCUGGAGCCGUGGUGGUGUCUUUGGCUUCUACCAAGGUCUCAUCCCUUGGGCUUGGAUCGAAGCAUCCACCAAGGGUGCCGUCCUCCUCUUCGUCGCAUCCGAGGCCGAGUUCUACGCGCGCAACGCUGGCGCCAACAACUUCGUCUCCGGAAUUACUGGUGGCAUGGUCGGUGGUCUCGCCCAGGCCUACGCUACCAUGGGUUUCUGCACCUGCAUGAAGACGGUUGAGAUUACAAAGCACAAGGUGGCGGCGGCUGGCAUCAAGCCCCCGGGCACUAUGGAGACAUUCAUGAACAUUUACCGCGCCGAGGGUAUCAAGGGUAUCAACAAGGGCGUCAACGCCGUCGCCGUCCGCCAGGUCACCAACUGGGGAUCCCGUUUCGGUCUUUCCCGUGUUGCCGAAUCUGGUAUCCGCAAGGCUACUGGUAAGGACGAGAGCCAGAAGCUUGGUGUCCCCGAGAAGAUCCUCGCUUCCGCUCUUGGUGGUGGUCUUUCCGCCUGGAACCAGCCUAUUGAGGUUGUCCGUGUCGAGAUGCAGAGCAAGACCGUGGACCCCAACCGUCCCAAGAAGAUGACUGUCAGCAACGCUUUCAAGUACAUCUACCAGCAGAACGGUAUUAAGGGUCUCUACCGUGGUGUCAUGCCUCGUAUCGGUCUUGGUGUCUGGCAAACCGUCUGCAUGGUCGCACUCGGCGAUGUAGCAAAAGAAAUGGUUGAACGAGCCACAGGCGAGGCUGUUACCGCUAAGCACUGA